AUAUAUACAUACAAAAAUUAUACGCAUCUUCACCCAUUUUUAUACUUUUGCAUUCACAAAAUCAUAUCUUUCAUUCACUUCUCCAAAUCCAAAAAGCUAUUUCAUUCAUCCCCAAUCCCCAGAUCUCGUCUAAUCAAUCCGACCUGAAUUUCAGAUCGAGUUCGCUCUUCCCAGUUUUCAGUGGUUUUUAGCUGAAAUCUCGCUCAAUAUCCCCAUUGUCGGCAUUGGCUACCUUCACCAUAUUUUCCAUGCCAGUAACAUUGUUUUCAUCUCCAUCAACACCAUAUUAGUUUGGGACCAUCAAGUUGAGAGUGUUUUUGUUAAAAAGAAUCACCCCUAAUCAUGUGGAGAUUUAAACCCUUUAUGCAAAAAGAGCAAACCGGGCUUGAAGGCCGCUUCAUUGACAUUGGCAAUUUCAAAGUUCAGAUUCGAAAUGCCAUUGCAGAGGGUGGAUUCUCAUGUGUUUACUCAGCUCGAGAUGCAGUACAUGGAUCCAAGCAGUAUGCAUUAAAGCACAUCAUAUGUAAUGAUGAAGAGUCACAAGAGCUGGUGAUGAAGGAAAUUUCAGUUAUGAAAACACUCAAAGGGCAUCCUAAUGUUGUCACUCUUCAUGCCCAUGCUAUCUUUGAUAUGGGCCGUACAAAAGAGGCUUUCCUUCUCAUGGAAUAUUGUGAGAAGUCCCUGGUUAAUGUGCUGGAGAGCAGGGGAGCUGGGUUCUUUGAUGAGAAGCAGGUCCUAACAAUUUUUAGGGAUGCAUGCAAUGCUGUAUUUGCAAUGCACUGCCAGACUCCGCCUAUUGCUCACCGUGAUUUGAAGGCUGAGAAUCUUUUGCUGGGGUCUGAUGGCUUGUGGAAGUUAUGUGAUUUUGGUAGCAUUUCUACCAACCAUAAACGCUUUGAGAAACCUGAAGAAAUGGGAAUUGAGGAAGACAAUAUACGGAAACACACAACACCUGCCUAUAGGGCCCCUGAGAUGUGGGAUCUAUUUCGGAGAGAACUUAUAAACGAGAAGGUAGAUAUAUGGGCACUUGGUUGUCUCCUUUUCCGCAUAUGUUACUUCAAGUCGGCAUUUGAUGGUGAAUCAAAGCUUCAAAUUUUAAAUGGCAACUAUCGCAUCCCAGAUUUACCCAAAUACAAUACAUUGCUGACAGACCUUAUCAGAGAUAUGCUUCAAUCUUCCCCAGAUGACAGACCAGAUAUCACGCAGGUGUGGUUUCGUGUUAAUGAUCUUCUACCAGAGGGGUUGCAGAAGUCAUUACCUGAUAGACCUCCAGAAAUGCUGCAACAUGGUACGGAUGUGCUUGCAGGCAUGCCAAAGCCUGCAAACAAGUCUAGUCCAAUGCCUCGUAGAAGUCCACCUCCUCCUCCCUCAUCCGAGGCACCUCGAAAUGUGUCAUCAACCUCGAAUAAUUCGAGAUCAGGCGAAAGUACUGGUCCCUUGGGUGCUUUCUGGAGUACUCAGCACGCAAAAGGUUCAGAAAUCAGGGAGGACAAGGCCAGGCCAAAACAUGACGAAGACGUGACUGAUCAUAAAUCAUCUGGAACUGAGAAGAUACGUCCUGACAGGCAUCCAGUUUCUCAUAUAACACCACAAAAGGAGCACAAUUUUCAAUCUCCUCUUGUCCAGAAGAGUCCACAAGGUAGAUCAGUCAAUAGGGCGGGUGAGUUGCCAACUAAGGAUUUAAAUCUGUUUCCAGAUAGUUUGGACCGUAAUACUGAAAGAUUAAAACAAUCAAAACCAGAGGUCACACCUACCUUUCAAAAUGACGCAUAUAAUGCUUUUGUUGCUGAAUUCAAUACUCCUACACAAAGUCCCAGCAAUAACCGUCGGAAAGCAGAGAAGGAAGAGAUGUUAGAAGCUGAGGUAGAAAAGCUCAAGGAACAGCUUGCACAUGUCAGUGCAGAGAAGGCCGAAAUAACCUCCAAAUAUGAAAAACUCACAGCAAUUUGCAGGUCACAGAGACAAGAGAUACAAGACCUUAAGCAAGCUCUAGCUGCAAGAACUCCAUCACCGAGUAGGGAGCCCUCGAGAAACUUAGCUUCUUCUGGAAGCCAAACAUCUUCCACUCCGCAGCAGAAAGAGAAGAUUGAAGGAACAGUCUGGGAACUCCAACAGGGUUUCUUUGACCGAGGUUCUCCGAGUCCAGAUACUCAACAGUGGCAAGCCUUCACUGAUGAUCCCAAGCCACAAACCAUGCCAACAAACAAUGCUUCUAGAUCUGCUCAAACAAGGAAUGGUCAGCAAAGUAAUCAGGCUGCUGAACUAUCUUCAGGUGCCAGUACUUGGGGGUUUGGAACUGAUAGUUUUAAGGUGUCUGCUACCCCUAAGAUAAAUCUACCUGUUGGCGAAUUCAAUAAUUCUCAGCGCUUUGGUGAAUCAAAGAGCACAGAAAGUAAGUUGGAAUCACAACCUGCUGGAUGGGCUGGUUUCUAGUUGAUUGAAGGAAGGGUGGUAUAGAGAAUUAAAAAGAACAGAAAAAGAAGUUAUUUUCAUGAGUUGUUUUCUGGUGUUGAAUUUGUUGUGUAUUAUUAUAUAGACUCAAUCACAACAAAGUUGAAUAUAUGCUACCGCCAUGCCUUUAAUAUGAUUACGCCUUUUCUUUCAGCCUUUUCGGAA